AUGAUCGCACAAACAGUCUUCCUGCGCCUUCCGUCCCCGCUCCUGCCGCUGCAGCUACACGUGGAGCCUUCCACCCCGCUUUCCGCUCUCCUCCCUGCGUCUCUGGCGGCGCAGGAUGUCUACCUUCGUACCCCUUCCGGCAUCCUCGCCACCUCAUCCCUCGUCAGCGAUAUCGGAGACGCUUCAGCGCCCUUCGUCUCUGUCGAUGUCUGCGCCAGGAUCCGAGGCGGAAAGGGAGGAUUCGGGACGAACUUGCGGGCGGCGGGAGGGCGGAUGUCGAUGGGGAAAGCAAACAACACGGACGCAUGCAGGGAUCUUUCUGGAAGGAGGCUGAGCACUCUGAAAGAGGCGCAACGCCAAGCAGACCUACUCGACUCUGCCGACUCCCUUCGCGCCCAGGCCGUAGCGGAGCAAAAGGCCAAGCUGGAAGGCCUCGAGCGCAGCCUUGGUAUUUCGCACGACCCCGAGUCAUCCGUCGCUGGGUCCAAGCGUAUUGCCGAGGUGGACGUCGAAGAGCUGGCGAGGAAGAAGCACCGAUUUGAGGAUUCCAAGUUUCUCGAGGAGAGUAGGGAGAUCAAUGAGGGUGUCAGGUCGGCUGUCUCCGCCGCAAUGAUACUCAAAAAGAAGAAGAAGGCCAAGGCGGAUGCAGCGUCCAAGGAGGCCAAGGCAGGAGUCGAGGUGGUCAAGAAGGCGGAGAAGGAUAAGGCGGCCAUGCCUCCACCGGCUGUAUCUGCCAGUGUGGCUUGA